AUGCAACAGAAGCGCCUCACUGCUGCCCUGUUGGCCGCCCUGGCCACGGUGGUCUCUGCCGACUCCGACGUCACUUCCCUGACCAAGGACACCUUCAACGACUUCAUCAACUCCAAUGAUCUCGUCCUGGCUGAGUUCUUCGCUCCCUGGUGUGGCCACUGCAAGGCUCUCGCCCCCGAGUACGAGGAGGCUGCCACCACUCUCAAGGAGAAGAACAUCAAGCUUGCCAAGGUCGAUUGCGUUGAUGAGGCCGAUCUCUGCAAGGACCACGGCGUUGAGGGCUACCCUACCCUCAAGGUCUUCCGUGGUCUUGACAUCGUCUCUCCCUACACUGGUCCCCGCAAGGCUGACGGCAUCACCUCCUACAUGGUGAAGCAGUCCCUGCCUGCCGUUUCCGUCCUGUCAAAGGACACUCUCGAGGAGUUCAAGACUGCCGACAAGGUUGUCCUGGUCGCCUACAUUGCCGCCGAUGACAAGGCCUCCAACGAGACCUUCACUGCCGUCGCCAACGAGCUGCGUGACACCUACCUCUUCGGUGGUAUCAACGAUGCUGCCGUUGCCAAGGCUGAGGGCGUCGAGUUCCCCUCCGUCGUCCUCUACAAGUCCUUUGACGAGGGCAAGAACGUCUUCAGCGAGAAGUUUGACGCUGAGGCUAUCCGAUCCUUCGCCAAGGUCGCUGCCACUCCCCUUGUUGGCGAGGUCGGCCCUGAGACCUAUGCCGGAUACAUGUCUGCCGGUAUCCCCCUGGCUUACAUCUUCGCCGAGACCCCUGAGGAGCGUGACGAGCUCAGCAAGUCCCUGAAGCCCAUCGCCGAGAAGUACAAGGGCAAGAUCAACUUCGCCACCAUUGACGCCAAGAACUUUGGUUCUCACGCCGCCAACAUCAACCUCAAGACCGACAAGUUCCCCGCCUUUGCCAUCCACGACAUUGAGAAGAACCUCAAGUUCCCCUUUGACCAGGAGAAGGAGAUCAACGAGAAGGACAUUGCCAAGUUUGUUGACAACUUCUCCUCUGGCAAGAUCGAGCCCAGCAUCAAGUCUGAACCCAUCCCCGAGACCCAGGAGGGUCCCGUCACCGUUGUCGUUGCCCACACCUACAAGGACGUCGUCCUUGACGACACCAAGGAUGUCCUGAUUGAGUUCUACGCUCCCUGGUGCGGUCACUGCAAGGCUCUUGCCCCCAAGUAUGAGGAGCUCGCCAGCCUGUAUGCCAACAGCGAGUUCAAGGACAAGGUUGUCGUUGCCAAGGUCGACGCCACCAACAACGAUGUCCCUGAUGAGAUCCAGGGCUUCCCCACCAUCAAGCUCUACCCCGCCGGCGACAAGGCCAACCCCGUCACCUACAGCGGUGCCCGCACUGUUGAGGACUUCGUCGACUUCAUCAAGGAGAACGGCAAGUACAAGGCCUCUGUCGAGGUCCCCGUCGAGGCCACUGAGGCUGCCCCCGAGGCCACUGAGGAGGCCAAGGGCGACGACCACGACGAGCUGUAA